UCCCUCCGAAGAUUGCCAUGUCGUCCACUGCAGCAGCGGUGGGGCGCGGCGCGACCGGCUGAGGGGUUGGGCGCGGCGGAGGGGCGCCUGGCGCGACCGGCUGAGGGGCUGGGCGCGGCGGAGGGUCGCCUGGAGGUGGCAUGGGCCGGGGUGGUGCCACGGGAGGAGCGGGGUGGGGUGGCGGCCGCAUCGACGGCAUUGGACCGUUGGCUGCUCCGACCCGCGGUCCGGUCGGCAGGGGCGGCUGCGGCGGAGGUGGCUGCCACUGCGCCGCCGCCGCUGGCGGCCACUGCGGCGGCGCAUGCGACCACUGCCCUGGAGGCCACAAGUAGUGGGAUGGCGGGUAGGCAGGCUGUGGGUACCCUGUGCCAUAGCCCCAUGGGAAGGGCAUGCCACCGCCAUACGGCGGGCCAGGCGAGGGCAUGGCGCCGGGAGGCCCGGCCGAGGGCGCCGGGGCCGGGGCCGGUGCAGCUCUCUCGGUGAACAUGCGGCGGUAUGCCGCUCGGAGCGACGGGGAGCCAGCCAAAGCCGUCUCAAUGACGCGCGGGAGGCGCUCCGGCUUCGUGCGCGGCUCAAGCGCGAGGGAGAACUCGCCGUCGCAGCUGAAGACCUCGAACUGGUCCUCUGCGUACCGGUCGUCCUCGGCCAGCAGCGCCCGCAAGAAGUGGCGCGCGUAGCAACGCAGGCAAAAGGCGCGAAUGCUCUCUGUGGCCUGCGGCGGUCUCGGCUUCCACGCCGCCGAGUUCUCGACCAAGCGCGAGAAUGUCAAC